GACACCUAUGUAAUCAAUAUAAUUGUUCUUGAUGAAGAUUACAUGAUACCUAUGUAAUCAAUGUACUUGAUGAUGAUAACAUGAUUUCACAUUUAAUCAAUUUGAUUGUUCUUGAUGAUGACUACAUGACACCUAUGUAAUCAAUGUACUUGAUGAUGAUAACAUUAUGCAUGAUUCUAACGAGCAAGGACACCCUUGCGCUAUGAGAUUCGCCCAUUUGGUACGACGAACUCACGCGGCCUUAGUCUCACGAAUGAGGUGAGACUAGAAAAAUAUGGGUGGUACUCGAAACCUGAAUACCAUGUACGUACACUAAGCCCGGAACGGGUGAUGUCGGACUAGGCUCGGAACGGUCGACCGUUUGGCGCGACGGUCGCCCUUGAUCUUCAUCAGGUUGGAUUGGAGAUUCACCGUGACGGUCGACCGUUGUUGACUGGAGGUGGACGGCGGCACUUGGCUGGACAGGUGAUGGUCGACCGUUGGCCACCAGCGGUCGACCGUUUGCCUGACAGUCGGGGUCCAUUUCGAUGUUUAACGCGACGGUCGACCGUUUGCGUCGACCGUUUGGGUCUGCGAAUCUUUCUCUUGAUAUUUUGAGUGUCCAAAAUACUUCUUUAAGUCUUUUAAGCACCUUUGAUUAAUAUAUACAUAUUGUUGGGUUGAUUUCCAAAGUUUAUAUUUACUUAUGUGUAUAUUAACUUUAUGGAUUUGGUGUAUUUUGAUCUCAACAUAUAGAUAACUUAUAUAUGCAUCACAUAUAUAUUUUGGAAUGGUUUUAACAUAUGAAAUAACAUAUAUGUUCAUGUAUGUAUGUGAUGAAUGAUUCGACAAGUCUAACGCAAAGGUACAGACCUGGAAAUCAUCGGUCGAAACCUUACGGAUGAGCGGGAGUGAAAACAAUAUCGAAAUUCACCAACUUUGUCAUUCCCGUCACAAUUGGACAGCAUGCGGUAUUUUGAGCAUAUCUCCAUCGUUUCUUCACGGAAUCGCAAACCGUUUGAUUUUGUGGAUUGCUAAGACGUAAGGCUAUAACUUUCGUAUAGAAAGUAUUUCGUUUUAACAUAUGUAAAAUAGCGUAAAUCGGACCUGAAGUCAAUAGAAAGUUGCUGUCCAGAAUUUCGGGUAUGUCGAUGAACAUGAUUCCGACGAUUAACUCACUAACUUCAACAUUCCAACGCCGAACUUUCUUUGCAAUACCUUCCGGAUGUUCCUAAUAAUUGUUAGAGAGUUUAUGGAAGUAGAACGCAUGAGAAAUGUUCCUUAUGCGUCGGCCAUUGGAUCCAUCAUGUAUGCGAUGGUAUGUACGAGACCUGAUGUCGCCUUUGCUCUGAGUGUCACGAGUAGAUACCAGUCCAACCCUGGCGAAAGCCAUUGGACGGCUGUGAAGAACAUCCUUAAAUACUUCCGUAGGACUAAGGAUGCCUUCCUGGUAUAUGGCGGAAAAGAAGAGCUCAGUAUUGUUGGAUAUACUGAUGCCAGCUUCCAAACUGAUAGAGAUGACUUCAAGUCGCAGGCAGGCAUCAAGAACCCUAUACCGUUGUUUUGCGACAACAAUGGGGCAAUUGCACAAGCAAAAGAACCUCGGUCUCACCAGAAGACCAAACACAUCGUUAGACGUUAUCACAUCAUACAAGAAAUCGUUGCACGUGGGGACGUUGAGAUUUGCAAGAUAGGUACAGACGACAAUAUCGCGGAUCCGUUGACGAAGGCUUUGGGAAAGCCUAAACACGAGAGUCAUACGUGGUCCAUGGGCAUUCGAGAAAUGCUUGAUUGGCCUUAGGGCAAGUGGGAGAUUGUUGUAUUUAGGUGCCCUAGCGGCAAUCAAAAACCUAUGUAAUUGUACACUUUAUCAUGAAUGAAAGGCCUUGAAGUAU